AUACUUUGACGGCUUUUAGGUACCCUGUGUUGAUGGCUAUCGUAGAAGUAAAAGAGACUGGGGCGAGUAGUGUUGGCAGUGUUCAGAGAGUAGAGUUCUAGCCAUGCUGUCUGCUGGUCGCAUGCUUGCUGGGGGCAUAGUGAAGCCUUGUCUUUUACAAGGGUCACUGCGUGGUCUCUCAAGGACAGCUGUUGCUCUACAGAAAUCCUCCCCACAGAAGCUACGAGAUGAUUUUGGCACUACCUCAUUUGAUGUACCAUCAAUGACGAGACUAUUAGAUCAUGACAACCAUGAAAAGAGAGAGAAAUUCAGGAAGAUCUUAUCAGAAGACCCGUUAAUGAAACCCAAGUAUAAUAUUUCUGUGGAUGAAGAACGGGCGUUAGCUCUGAAAAGACUCAAGAAAUUAUGUGACCAAGGGUUUAUCUCUGUCCUCGACUUCAGACACAAUCCACGCUGGAUCUUUGCAGCACAUGAACUUGCUGCUGUUGUAGAUGGUUCCAUGGCCACUAAGAUGACUGUCCAGUUUAAUUUGUUUGGUGGGACAGUACUUAAACUGGGAACAGAGAGACACCACAGUAAACUAUUGAAGGGCAUUGACUCCCUUGAAGAUGUUGGUUGCUUUGGUCUGACUGAGCUAGGAUAUGGCAACAAUGCCGUCCAGAUGGAAACAACCGCAACUUAUGACAACGAGACCCAGGAAUUUAUCGUCAACACCCCCAGCACACUUGCUCAGAAGUACUGGAUCACCAACGGAGCAUGUGAUGCACACCACAUUGUUGUGUUUGCCCAGUUGUAUGUCAAUGGCAAAAACGAAGGAAUCCAUGGUGUUCUGGUGCCAAUUCGUGACAAGAAUCUGAAAGAAAUGCCUGGAUCAAGUAUUCAUGACAUGGGUCCCAAGAUGGGGCUUAAUGGAGUAGACAAUGCCAAGUUCAUAUUUGAUAACGUGAGAGUACCUCGUGAGAACCUACUCAACCUGUACUCUGAUGUAGAUGCUGAUGGUAACUACACAACUGUUGUAGAUGGCAAUAUACGUAAGAGGUUUCUUACAGUUGCUGAUCAGUUGUUGUCUGGGCGACUUUGCAUCGCCAGCAUGUCACAAGGCGUGUCCAAGGCCUGUAUCACAAUCGCCACAAGGUAUUCAGCCACAAGGCUGACUGUUGGCCCAGAGGGCAAGUCCGACACCCCGAUACUGAAGUACCAGUUACAGCAGCUAGCACUUAUGCCUCUCCUGGCCAAGACGUAUGCCUACGACUUUGCUCUCUCGUAUGUCAAGGAUUGCUGGGCCUUUAAGGCGGAAGACGGUUCUGACCACGCGAACAUCGUGACCAUGUGCUGUGUGAUAAAAGCCCUGACUGGCUGGCAUGUGGGCGAGGCAGCCUCAAUUUGCCGUGAGAGGUGUGGGGGGCAAGGCUACCUGUCCUGUAACCGAUUCGGUUCCGCCAUCGGCUACGCCCACGCCGCCAUGACAGCAGAAGGCGACAAUGCGGUGCUGAUGCAGAAAGUUGCCACCGAGAGGCUGAUGGUGUUCAAGCCAUCCAAGGAGAAGUCCCAGGUGGGUGAGGUUGACCUGAGUGCUGUCGACUCCCUGCACAAGCUACUAGAGGCGCGUGAGCAGGCACUGUUUAUAGAGCUCGGCCUCAAGAUGAAAAAAGCCGGCAAGGACCGCUUCAAUGUCUGGAUGUACGAGGAGCAAGAUUUGGUGCAGGCUAGUGCUCAUGCAUAUGGUGACAGGCUGGUCAGCGAGUGCUUCGCUAGUGCUAUUUCUCGCUCGGACGCAUCACUACAACCAAUCCUUAGCAAGCUCUAUCAUCUCUUCCUUCUCACCCAAGUCCAGAAAGGCCUUGGGUAUUUCACCACAUCGAAGCUGCUACCGCUGGAGACUGGGGCGAAGGUUGGUAAGGCUGCCGCUGGGCUAUGCAGGGAAGUGUCACCGCAGGCUCUGUCGUUGUGUGAUGCGUUUGGGAUGACUGAGGAGAUGCUGAGCGCGCCGAUCGCGAGAGACUGGGUCGACUACAACGUGACUGACAACUUGGGCGAGGUCGCUUGAACAUCACCAUGGGACGCUUUUAUUCUGUCUUAUUCCGGCCAGGGACCAUUGCAGUUUUGAAUGUUUUUGUAAAUACACUAUUUGGGAUGUGUUAUAGAUAGAGCGUUUGUCAUUCCAAAUAAAAACAAUGGAAGGUUAAA